AUGACGUCCCUCACCGAAGCCAACAACUCCACCACGGGAGACCACAUCGAAGCGACCGUCAAAGAGAACAAACGAGAUGCAGCUAAAACCUCGGAGAAGAAUGCAGCAAAAGGUUUAGCUGACGAAGACCAAGAUGAUGAAGAGGAUGAAGAUUUCGAGGAGGGAGAUGAAGAAGACGAUGAAGAGGGAGACUACGACGAAGACGACGACGAAGAAGCAGCUCAAGACGACGACGAGGAUGAGGAGGAGGAGGAGGAGGAGGAUGAAGAUGAUGCAGCAGUUGUGCAAGGUAAUGAUGAAGAGGUGGAUGAAGAAGCUGAGGAUGAGGCACAAGAGGAGGAGGAUGAAGAAGACGAGGACGAGGACCAGGAUGAAAGUGGAGUAGGAAACAAGAGAAAAGCUUCUGACGAAGGAAAUGGAGAUGAUGGAAAAGCUGCAAAGACUGACAAGUAA